AUGGCCCUGUCGCCCUUCUCCGCGGGGCACCACAAGCUCCGCGGGAUGCUGAACCCUGACAUCGUGCUGGUGCAUUACCUGAACGUCCCUGCCAUAGAGGACUGCGGGAAGCCGUGCGGCCCCAUCCUGUGCUCCAUCAACACAGACAAGAAGGAGUGGGCCAAAUGGACCAAGGAGGAGCUGAUCGGCCAGCUGAAACCCAUGUUUCAUGGGAUCAAGUGGACUUGCAGCAAUGGGAACAGCAGCACUGGCUUCUCUGUGGAGCAGCUGGUGCAGCAGAUCCUGGACAGCCACCAGACCAAGCCCCAGCCACGGACUCACAACUGCCUCUGCACUGGGACCCUGGGUGCGGGGAGCACCGUGCAUCACAAGUGCAACAGUGCCAAACACCGCAUCAUCUCCCCGAAAGUGGAGCCCCGUGGAGGGGGUGCAGGGGGGUACAGCAGCUCCCACUCGGAGGUCCAGAACAACGACGUCUCCGAGGGCAAGAACGAGCAUAGCCACGGGGGGGCGCCGGCGGCCGGCGGAGGUGGGGGGGCCAAGGGAGGCGGGGCGCGGGAGAAGCGCAACGGCAAGGUGCCCAAGCCGGUGCUGCUGCACCAGAACAGCACUGAGGUCUCCUCAACCAACCAGGUGGAGGUGCCCGACACCACCCAGAACUCCCCCGUGUCCAUCAGCAGCGGGCUCAACAGCGACCCCGACAUGGCCGACAGCCCCGUGGUCACUGCCAUGAGCCACGUGGCCUCGGUGAUGGGGGGCCUGUCCCAGGGUGCGGCUGUCUUCAUGUCCGAAGUGACGGGGGACCCUGUCUACAGCAUGUCCCCCACGGGGGGCCCCAACCAGCACCUCAUCUCCUCCGACGCGGCCGUGCAGGGCCUGGUGCUCGGCGUCUCCUCCGACAGCCACAAGUUCGCCUUCCCGACAGCGGGGGGCGCUGCUGACGUGGGCCUGGCUAUGCUCUCCGAAGAGUUGGUGCUGUCCAGCAGCCUGGACUCAGGCGUCCCCAAGAUUCCAGAGACCGCCAUGAACUUCGACCCCGACUGCUUCCUGAACAACCCCAAGCAAGGGCAGACCUACGGGGGCAGCGGACUGAAGGGGGAAGGCAGCAGCAACAGCAAUGGGGGCGGCGGGACGGGGAGCUGCAACGGCAUCCUGCGCCGCUCCUCCCUGCCCCCCUCAGACUCCAGCCCCUCCUACGGCUUCUCGGGGACGAUGGUGAAGAUGGAGAUCAAGACCGAAGACACGUCCUUCGAACAGCAGCUGGCUAAAGAGGGCGGGUACCAGGUGGGGUGCGCAGUGGGGGGCGGGGGUGGCGUGAGGGGGUCCCCAGGCCAGGGCUCGUCCACGCUUGCCCCUGGGAGCUCCCUGCUUCCCUCGGGGGGCGGCCUGAGCCCCAGUACCACGCUGGAGCAGAUGGACUUCAGCGCGAUCGACUCGAAGCAGGAUUACUCCUCCUCCGGGAUGGGUGCAGCGGGGGGCUACGCCCAGGCGGUUCACAGCCCUCACCUGGCACACCAGAGCCGCUCCCCCAGCUUCUUCCUGCAGGAGGCGCCACAGCAGCCUUCCCAACAGCAGCAGCAACAGCAACAGCAAAGCAACCAGAAGUCUCACCUGCACCUGGAUCAGCAGCAGCAGCAAAACUCUCACGGCUCCACCGGUCUUUCCGAAUCCGGCGGUAACGGCAUCUUCCUGGGCUUGCGUGUGGUCAAGACGGAAUCCCUCAACGGCGUGGGGGGCAGCAGCAACAACGGAGGGCACCACCAUCUCCCCCAGCACCACCACCAGCUCCCCCACUCCCACUCCCACCACCACCACACGCUCUCCCACCCCCACCAGCAGCCCCAGCACACACCCCCCAACUGCAACGGUGGCCCUGCCCCUCAAGACCACUCCCCGGGCCAGCCUUCCCCCCUCCAGCUCCUGCAGUACCAGGGAGGCUUCCAGGGCCUGGGCCCGGAGCACCAGGAAGUUGUGGGCUUGGAGCAAGGGCAGGCGGGUAGCCAGGCUGAGAAUGGAGGAGGAGGAGGAGGAGGGACGGAGGGUCUGCUCAAGCCUGUGGAUCACUUGCAAGCCUGUGGAGGUGGGGGAGGGGGUCCUGAGCACUAUCUUCAGCAGCAGCAGCAGCAGCAGGGCUCUGAAAAUGGCACGGGGGUUCUGAGCAACGGAGUGGCCACUAGCAACAGCAACGGCACGGGCUCACACCCUCAGCUGCAACCCAUCCUCCAGGGCGGGGCGGCCGGUCAGCUGGUCCAGGGGCUGUACGGCACGGUGGGGGGUCACCACCAGGGAGGGAUGGAGAUCAGCCUGGACCACUUUGACAUCUCCUUCGGGAACCAGUUCUCUGACCUGAUCAACGACUUCAUCUCAGUGGAGGGCGGCGGUGGAGGAGGAGGAGGAGGGGGGCCCGUAGUGGGCCCCGGAGCAGCCCUCUACACCCACCAGCUGGUGCAGGCAGGGCCCGACGGCCAGCCCCACGGAGGCCCCCAGGGGGAGGAGGGCCGCGGCGCCUACGUCCAGGCCGAGCUGUGCCUGCCCCCCUGCUGCAGUCCUGGGGACGGAGGGGGAGCUGGAGGAGGUCCAGGGGGAGGGGCAGGAGGAGAGGCGGGCUCGCUGGCCUACAUGCACGUGUCUGAAGUGGUGUCGGCGGCAGUGGUGGCGCAGGGGGCCCUGGGGAUGCUGCAGGCCACAGGGAGGCUCUUCAUAGUGACAGACUACUCUCCCGAGUGGUCCUACCCAGAGGGAGGAGUCAAGGUGCUGAUCACUGGCCCCUGGCAGGAGGCUAACAGUAACUACAGCUGCCUGUUUGACCAGAUCUCAGUCCCAGCCUCCCUCAUACAGCCCGGAGUUCUGCGCUGCUACUGCCCAGCCCAUGACACUGGCCUGGUCACUCUGCAGGUUGCCAUCAGUAACCAGAUCAUCUCCAACUCGGUGGUGUUUGAGUACAAGGCCCGCGCCCUGCCCACUCUGCCCUCCUCGCAGCACGACUGGCUCUCCCUGGACGAUAACCAGUUCAGGAUGUCGAUUCUGGAGAGACUGGAGCAAAUGGAACGCAGGAUGGCUGAGAUGAGCAGUCCUCACCAGCAGGGGGCAGGAGGUCCGGCCGGGGGAGGAGGAGGGGGUGCUGGGGGCAACACCAGCCAGGCACAGUGCGUGUCGGGCCCUGGCCAGGCUGGCACCUCCUUCGAGAGCCGAGUGGUGGUGGUGUGUGAGAAGAUGAUGGGUCGGACUUGCUGGGCCAAAUCCAAACACCUGAUCCACUCCAAGACCUUCCGAGGCAUGACUCUGCUGCACCUGGCGGCCGCGCAGGGCUACGGCACGCUCAUCCAGACACUCAUCAAGUGGCGCACAAAGCACGCUGACAGCAUCGAUUUGGAGCUGGAGGUCGACCCCUUGAACGUGGAUCACUUCUCCUGCACCCCCCUGAUGUGGGCGUGUGCUCUCGGUCACUUGGAGGCAGCAGUGGUUCUGUAUAAGUGGGACCGGCGGGCCCUGUCGAUCCCGGACUCGCUGGGCCGGCUGCCCCUGUCCAUCGCUCGCUCGCGUGGGCACACCAAGCUGGCUGAGUGCCUGGAGCAGCUGCAGAGAGAAGAGCAACAGACCCCGCACCUGCCCCCAGCCCCCAGGAUGCACUUCUCCCCCGGCUCCGAGGCUGCGGAUGAGAGCUGGAUGUCGUCAUGGAGCAGCGCUGGUGCCGGCGCCGUCACGGCCUCGGAGACCCAAAAAGGGAGCGCGAGCAAUCCCAACCCAGGUCCGUCCAGCACCACUCGCAGUAAAGAAAUCAAGCUUGCUGGGGUUUUAUCAACAUCUGCUGUAAGACCCAGGUCCGAGCCUUCCAGCUACUACAGCACUGAGUGCCAGCGCGAUCUUCCCCUAGCCAAGAAACACAAACCCAACCCUGAGCUGUUCCAGCCCCGACCCGACAAGGCCAUGUCCGUGCCUCUGAGCCUGGAGCAGCACCAGCUCCGCAGACACAGCCUGGGGGGCAGCGACGGCAACAACUCUACUAACUCCAGCAGCGGCAUGAACUGGAGCGCCAAGGACUUCUACAGCCACGGUGGAGCGGGGAGGAAGGGAGGGGGAGCAGGAGGAGGAGGAGGAGGGGCGGGGGGAGGGAGCGGUCAGGGGAGUGAGAAGCUGGCGGGCCGCCUGCGUCAGCGAGAGCCCAUCAACGUGUUGAUGAUGGCGGAAAGGGAGAUGGUGGACUCGGAGCUGCUGUCCUAUCGGGAGAACCUGGAGAACGAGGACUGCCUGACGCACAUGGACGACCUGCAGGUCAACAUGAUGACACUGGCCGAGCAGAUCAUCGAGGCCACUCCGGAGCGGAUCAAGCGGGAGAGCUUUGUUGCCGUGGAGACCACACCUCUGGCCGAGAGAGAGGACAGCGCAGGGGUCAGCAACACCAUGAGCUGGCUGGCCAGUUACCUGGCCGACGUGGAGCAGCUGCCCAGCCUCGUUCACUUACGAUCCCUGUACAGCGAACCUCUGGCCCCUUCCUCGUACCCCAGCCUGAGCCCAGCCAGCUCCCCGGUCAGCGAGGGGGGCUUCGACAAGCCCACCCUGCCCUCGGCAGCAGACUGGACCGAGUUCCUCAGCGCCUCCAACAACAAGGUGGAGAGGGAGCUGGCUCAGCUCACCCUGUCUGACCCUGAGCAGAGGGAGCUCUACGAGGCAGCGAGACUGGUGCAGAUAGCUAUCCGCAAGUACAAGGGACGUCCGUUAAGAGAGCAACAGGAAGUAGCGGCCGCUGUCAUUCAACGUUGCUACAGGAAGUACAAAGAGUAUGCACUUUAUAAAAAGAUGACGCAGGCCGCCAUCCUUAUCCAGAGUAAAUUCCGCAGUUAUCACGAGCAGAAGAAGUUCCAGCAGAGCCGGCGCGCGGCCGUGCUCAUCCAGCAAUACUACCGCAGCUACAAGGAGCUCGGGAGACUGCGCCCUCGCCGCCGCGCCGCCGCUGCCCUCAGAAGCAGUCUGCUCACCAAGAAGCAGGACCAGGCUGCGCGCAAGAUCAUGAGGUUCCUGCGCCGCUGUCGCCACAGCCCUCUGAUGGACCAUAGACUGUACGAGAGGAGUGAAAGAAUUGAAAAAGGCCAAGGAACUUGAAGCUCUGCAGCCCCGCCCCCUCGCGAUGUGACAUCACUUUCCAGACUUUCCUUUUAUUUGUUUGUUUAUACCAGAGACAUUUUACAAAAAAGAAGAACAAAAAACUAAAAACUUACAGAAGUGAACAAACUAAGAAUGCAGUACAAUGAGACUAAUACGACAACGACACCUUUCAUUUCACUUUGUUUCUUUCGAGGGAGGAAAGUGACGAGGAGUCCAGAGACGUUUUAAACUUUAAAAAAAAAAAAAAAAAAAAAGGUUUUAUCUUCAUCUCAUUUUUUUUUUUUUUUUUGCACAUUAUUAUUGUUUUUUUUAAUGUUUUGUUUUGGUUCCGGAGCAAAAACGCAGGAGCGUUGCGGGAAUUUUGCGACAGCGCCUGGGAAGGAGAGGAAAGUGUGAAGCAGCGAACGCGGAAUCUUAGUGCACAUGUUUGGGACCGUGUCUCUCUUUUUUUUUUUUUAAAUUGAUUUAAUAUUAUUUUAAAAGUGGCUUUUAUUCAACAUUUUUAAAAGAAACUA